GACACGGCAGGCAGCUCUCUGGGAGGGUCCGGCUGAAGGAGAGCUUGGCAGCCUCCCCUGCACGGGCGCCCGGCCACUUCCAGCCUCUCGGCUGUCAACUAGCAGGCGGUGGGGAAGCCGAGCAGGGCAGAGCCCGGCCCCCUUCCCGAGUCUCUCCUCCCCGUGCUCCGCUAGCAACCCCCCCCCCUUUUAAAAUAAAAAUCUGCAAGAGGAACUCCCGACCUUCCUCGUAGUUUUUGAAUCCGCUGGCUGCCUCCCGCUCCCCCGUCUGCGUGAGGUCUGGAUCCCUGCGAAGCGAGAGGCGAGAGAAGGGAGUUCAGGGAAGGAGGAGGGCGCUUCGCGUGCGUUUAAAUCCCACCGUGGCUUUUUUCUAAAAAGGAAAAAUCGGCUGCAUGGACGGGCAGCGGGCAGAGAAAUCCCAUUUAAUCUCCUCUCGUUCUCGUUGCUCCGCAAAGCGCCGCUGCCUCUUCGCCAAGGUCCAUAUUGAUCAGAGUCUUUUGAACUGACAAAGGAAGUAUCUGGAAUAGUAGUAAUACAAAAGCUUUCAACAAUUGUGCCCUGAAGCGGGAGCCUUAUGAUGAAGUGAAAAAGGGGAGUGCCCGCAAUCUGGAGUCUCUGGACAGAAAUGGCCCCCUUAACUCCUCAGGCGUGUUAACCCCUGACUGGGUGGUGGAGGAGGAAAGUGCUUGAGAGGGGGCAGGGUUUACCUCCCCACGAAGGCUAUGAUGUCGGUUGAAGGCUCCACAAUAACAAGCCGCAUCAAGAACUUGCUUCGAUCUCCUUCUAUCAAGCUGCGAAGGAGCAAGCCAGGGAGCAAGCGGGAAGACAUCAGUACGAAGGUGACCUUGGAGAAAGUGCUGGGAAUCACCGUCUCUGGAGGCAGAGGAUUGGCCUGUGAUCCAAAGAGUGGUCUCGUUGCUUAUCCAGCUGGGUGUGUUGUCGUGCUGUUCAACCCCAGAAAAAAUAAGCAACAUCAUAUUCUGAAUAGUUCCAGAAAGACUAUUACAGCCCUUGCUUUUUCUCCUGAUGGAAAAUACCUGGUUACUGGAGAGAGUGGGCACAUGCCUGCUGUUCGAGUAUGGGAUGUUGCUGAACGGACCCAGGUGGCUGAACUUCAUGAACAUAAGUAUGGUGUGGCGUGUGUGGCGUUCUCCCCAAGCUCCAAGUACAUUGUGUCUGUGGGUUACCAACAUGACAUGAUAGUCAAUGUAUGGUCAUGGAAGAAAAACAUUGUUGUAGCAGCCAAUAAGGUCUCGAGCAAAGUGACAGCAGUAUCAUUCUCUGAGGAUUGCAGCUACUUUGUCACAGCUGGAAACCGGCACAUCAAAUUUUGGUACCUGGAUGACAGCAAAACCUCAAAGGUGAAUGCUACAGUUCCCUUGCUUGGACGUUCUGGUUUGCUUGGGGAACUAAGGAACAACUUCUUCACAGAUGUGGCAUGUGGCAGGGGCAAAAAAGCAGACAGCACUUUCUGUAUCACUUCCUCAGGUCUCCUGUGUGAAUUCAACGAGAAGAGGCUGCUAGACAAGUGGGUGGAGCUGAGAACCACUGUGGCAAACUGCAUCUCUGUGAACCACGAUUACAUCUUCUGUGGCUGUGCGGAUGGCACGGUGCGGAUUUUUAACCCUUUGAACCUUCACUUUGUGACUACGCUCCCCAAGCCGCACUUCCUGGGGACGGAUAUUGCCAGCGUCACUGAAGCCAGCCGGCUCUUCUCUAACGUGGCCGAUGCCAAGUAUCCAGACACCAUUGCCUUGACCUUUGACCCCAAUAACCAGUGGCUCUCCUGCGUUUACAACGAUCACAGCCUGUAUGUGUGGGAUGUCAAGGAUCCCAAGAAAGUGGGCAAGGUUUAUUCGGCAUUGUACCACUCCUCUUGUGUUUGGAACGUUGAGGUGUACCCUGAGGUGAAGGAUAGCAACCAGUCUUGCUUGCCCCCAAACUCUUUCAUCACCUGCUCUUCUGAUAACACCAUCCGCCUCUGGAACACAGAGAGCUCAAACAUCCACGGGGCGGCUCUGCAUCGGAACAUUCUGAGCAAUGACUUGAUGAAAAUUAUAUAUGUAGAUGAAAACACUCAGACCCUCCUGGACACAGAGUAUAACACUGGUGGGGGUGCUGACAAGGCUGACACGCAAGCCCUAGAUGCAAAAGUGGGGAUUCGUACAGUGUGUGUGAGCCCUACUGGGGAGCACCUGGCAUCAGGUGACAGGAUAGGUACUCUCAGGAUCUAUGAGCUGAAAUCCCUGAGAGAAUUGCUGAAGGUGGAAGCUCAUGAUUCUGAAAUCCUCUGCCUUGAGUACUCCAGACCUGAGACAGGGUUGAAGCUUCUAGCAUCAGCCAGUCGAGACAGACUGAUUCAUGUUUUGGAUGCAGGGAAGGAUUAUAGCCUGCAACAGACAUUGGAUGAGCAUUCAUCCUCUAUCACAGCCGUGAAGUUUGCAGCCAAUGAUGGAAAGGUGAAAAUGAUCAGCUGUGGAGCAGAUAAGAGUAUCUAUUUCCGCACUGCACAGAAGACAGGUGAUGGGGUUCUCUUUACUCGUACGCACCAUGUGGUUAGGAAGACCACUCUGUACGACAUGGAUGUGGACCCUAACUGGAAGUAUGCUGCUAUUGGAUGCCAGGACCGUAAUAUCAGGAUUUUCAACAUUAGCAGUGGGAAGCAAAAAAAGCUAUACAAGGGAUCCCAAAGUGAAGAUGGCACCCUCAUUAAAGUGCAAACAGAUCCCUCUGGUCUCUAUAUUGCUACAAGCUGCUCUGACAAGAAUCUUUCUAUCUUUGAUUUCUACUCAGGCGAGUGUGUGGCCACAAUGUACGGGCAUUCAGAGAUUGUAACUGGGAUGAUGUUCAGCAAUGACUGCAAACACUUGAUUUCGGUCUCUGGUGACAGCUGUAUUUUCAUCUGGCGUCUGAGUUCGGAGAUGACCAUCAACAUGCGGCAGCGCCUGGCAGACAUGAAGCAGAGAGGGAAGCAAGUGGAGAAAGCACAGCCAGGCAAACCAGCUGGGCUUGCCAGGCACGAGUCAGUCUCUGUCCUCUCAUCUGCUCCAGUGCUGUCAUCGGACAGUGACAAAGAUGGUGAAGACGAAGGGAAUGAGGAGGAUGAGCUACAUGGGCUGCAGUCCUUCCAAGUGCAGACUAAUGGCAACACUGAAAGGGAUUCAGAUCCAGAUCUUUCUCUUUCAAGAAGCUUUUCCCACUGGGAAAUGAGGAGGGCAAAAGAGAUGGCAAUGAUUCAGUGUUCGGAGGCCACCAUGAGCAAGGCGCCUCGGCAGCGUGGUCGUUGGUCGCAACCCACAGGCAGCCUAGAGAUGACAGUUAAAUCCAUGCUUGACUUGCGGCAGCUGGAGUCUUUCUCCGUCUCCCGCUCUGCCAGCCGAGAUUCUCUUUCCCAGGUCAGCAAUGGGGAUGACCAAGAAGAGCGUCCUGAUCUCCCUCUGUGUGUCAAUAAUGCUGGAGGCUCUGCAGCUCCUCAGGGAAACCAGCCUUGUGUUCGACCCCAAGUUAUUCGCCUUGUGUCCUGUGAAGGGGGGAUUUUUCCCCAGGAACUGGAACCUUCGGAGAGUGAGGAAUGUGUCAUCUACCCAGAACAAGAUGAGAUUCACCCUGCAGAUGUUGGAAGCGAGUUCCAGGUAAAAGCACUUCCCCAUGGGAAACUAGGUAGAGGCUACCACAGCAACGGGUGUCCAGAUAAACACAGCCCUGACAGUGCCUGCUCCGUGGAUUACAGCAGCAGCCGCCUCUCGAGCCCUAAUGAAGAUUCUGAGAGUACAGAACCUCUCAGUGUGGAUGGUACGUCUGAUCUGGAUGAACAGGUGGGAGAAGAGGAUGAGGAGGAUGUCAGCGCUGGUCUGUUGGAAGGAGAUGUCCCCAGGACUCCAGAUCAGGAGAAGUUCCUCAAGCAGCAUUUUGAGACCCUGGCCAGUAACGGUGAAAAGGGUGGAUCAUGUAGGACCCUGGAGAGAACGGAAAACAGUAUUUCUUCUCGCUUUCUGUCCCAGUCUCCUGCUCUCAGGCAACUGUCACUUUCUUCAUCAAAUCUGGUAUUGGAUCGGAAGCCCACUGAGUUGCCUGACUUUCCGAAGCAAGUUUCUGCUGAUCUGCUGAAAAAUGGGCUUGACCACCAGAACAUGGCCCUGGAGAAUGGCAUCUUCCAAAACGAUGUUAAUUCAUUUAGAUCACUCUAUAUGCAGAGAAAGAGGAAACCUGCGUUAGAGAUCAGCAGGGGUCCUGGAAGACCACCGGGGCCUUUCCCGGAUAGUGAUGGGGCAGUGGUGAUGAGGAAAUCCCAAUCAGUUCAUGACCUUGUUCAUAAUGAUAAGGUUCCUGGAGUGAUGCCUUCUGCUAGGCAACGUCCUCAGACCCUAAUGGUAGGUGACAAAGAUCCAAGGUCCAAUAGCUGUCGGGUUCUGUCUGCAACUCUAUUGAAGACAGAUGGCUCCAGCUCUCUGCAAGCCAAAGAUAGCAAAGCUGCAAAACCAAAGUCCUACAUGAGCCCCACCACUAGCUUCAUGGCCAAGAUGUCCCGCAGCGUAUCUGUGGGAGAGAAUCUAUGCCUUGGCGACUCUGCAGAACACCUGGCUGAGGUGAAGGUCAGCCCACAAGUACCAGAGAAGACACAGUUGAAUCCUUUAGGGGACACUGAGAAGAACAAGCCACUAGUGAAGGAGAAUGCCCUCGUGAAACCUCCUCUUCAACAAGCUACAAGUUCUUCAUCACCCAAAUCCUUUCACAGCAAGCUAGCUUCUAACCGGGCCCAUUUGAUCCUUGACAUCCCCAAAUCUCUGCCUGACAGACCGACUUUGGCUUCUUUCUCACCGACUGCCAAAUCAAAACCACUGCUGGAAUCUCCCCAGUCUCCUGCUGGCACUGGCAUAAAGAAGCACUCAUUUCCUGAAGGAUGGGCCUCCAAGGUGGAAAACCAAGUAGCUGUGCCACUAGGCCUUGGUAAAAGUAGCCCAGCAGGUCCCUUUACAGAGACUCUAAAAGAGAACCAUACGUUGUUGAGGACCCAAGUCCAAGUCCAGCUUGAACCGGGGGCUACUAACCCCAAACUGAAAGAGUUUUCAGAAGGUCUGCACCCAAAAUCGCCAGAAUACAGACCACUGAGAUGCAAAGAGAUAAUUGCCAGCGCUGGUUGUGUGCCAGAGAAUCAGCUUGAGCUUUGCUCACGUGAACCAAGCAGGCCAAGGUCUCCCACAACUGUGGCAGCCCUGGCAGAGGACUCAGGUGUGCACGGAUACCCAUCUCUAAUCUUCUUCCCCCUUCUGUCUCCUGUCUUUGUGAAUCGCUUCACACUUCCAUCACAUUUCUUUACGUCCAGCUUCUGGCCUGUCUCGUCCUGUCUGCACCUGUCUCGUUCCAUAAGCCAUCCUUUCAAUGGAGGCUCUUCAGUCAGCAUUGAGCAAUGCAAGCACGUUGUGUCUGAGCUUCAAGACAGUAUGCGCAAGGCCAUCCAUCUAUACCAUAUGGUGUCUGCUGACAUGGAGUCUUCAGCCGAUAAAAAUGAGAUUGCUGGCCUCUUGACUGAUACCUUCUCUGUGAUGAAAAAAGAACUAGAUUCCCUGAAGGAAGGGAAAGAACUUCAAAGGGAGAAAGAAGUGUUGGCAAAGCCACACGACCCAACUGUAAUGCCAGUCAGUGAGGGAAGUGGUUCCACCUUAUCCAGUCCUCGGCAUUUUGGAGAUGAGCAAACUCUUGCUUUGUUGGAACAAUAUUCUGAGCUGUUGCUGCAAGCUGUUGAACGACGUAUGGAUAAAAAACUGUAAAGAAGAGUAGUUCUAAGGGGCAUAAACAUCUAAUGAAGAAACUGACAGCAACACAGGGAAAACUAACAUAGUGAAAACCUGGAAUGACUGCUAUUGUUGACUUUUAUCCAAUGGUGAAUUUUCCCCCCUCAAGCAGUUCUGUUAAGAGGGGGUCAUUUUAUGGCUUCCAGAAAUGUGCUGGUCACAGUACUAAUCUUUCUGUGCCCACUUCUCUCUCUUCUUUUUCUUUUUUCGUGGUGUUAAGAAAAACUUAUUGGAAACUUUAUUCCAGCCAAAACAUUUAAAACAAAAAAUCAUACAGACUCAGUUGACUGUGGCUCAGCCUAAAAUUGCUGACUUGGUGGAAAAAUGUUGAGAUGGCACCAGUCACUCCCUCUGCAGGGCUGUCUCGAUCUAUGUACAGUGUUAAAGAUUAUUUAUUAAUUUAUUUUUGUGACUAUUGCUCUAAACUUUUCACAUGCAUUUUGUAGCUGUGACUGUUUCCAUGUCUUUCCCACAAGUUUUGUUGCAGUAAACAUAGAUUGGCAGGCGGAAUUUCUGAAGUACUUUUUGCUGCAGCCUGCC